AUGGCGGGUAUAAACCAAAAGCAACUGCAAAGGUUAAUAAUUUUAAUUGUGCUUCGCAGAAGACUACGCAGACAAAAUGAAAAGUACAAGAAGCGGUUUUGGAUGCGGAAAAUUUAUCAAGAACGCAUCUUAAAGGGAGAAUUCCACCUAUUAAUCAAAGAAAUAAUCCUUUUUGACCACGAGUACUUUUUCCGAUGUUUUAGAAUGGUACCAGCGACUUUUGAAAAGCUUCUUUCUUGGGUUUCUCCUUACAUACAGAAAAAAACAACAAAAAUGCGCGAACCCGUUUCACCCAGUGAAAGAUUAUCAGUUACUUUGAGGUACCUAGUUACGGGAGAUGAACAAACUAGUAUAGCAGCUAGUUAUCGUAUUAGCCCUUCGACCAUUGGGAGGAUUAUUGGUGAAACCUGUCAAGUUCUUUGGCAAGUUUUGAUCGAAAAGGGUUACUUAACUGCACCAAAAACUAAAGAACACUGGAAGAAAAUUGCUAGAGAAUUUGAAACUAGAUGGAACUUCCCACAUGCACUAGGUGCCAUCGAUGGAAAACACGUAGUGAUGCAGGCACCUGCUCGUUCUGGAUCUGAUUACUUUAAUUAUAAGAAGACACACAGUGUUGUUCUUAUGGCAAUCUGCAAUGCAGACUAUGAAUUUACACUUGUAGACAUUGGUGAUGCUGGUAGACAGAGCGAUGGUAGUGUAUAUGCCAAUAGCUUUCUUGGCCAUGCCAUAGAUAAUAAUCUAUUGCAACUCCCUGAGGCUGAAAAACUCGACCCAUCUGACCCAUCAAGCAAAACUUACCCUUACGUAUUUGUCGCUGACGAUGCCUUCGGACUCAAGACGUUUAUGAUGAAACCUUACCCAGGACAGAACUUGACCAUUGCAGAAAGAGUGUUCAAUUACAGACUAUCAAGAGCACGACGAAUUAUUGAGAAUUGUUUUGGAGUUGCAACAUCACGUUUUAGAGUGUUUCGAAAGCCUAUCAUUGCAAACGUAGAGAAGGUGAUAAAUAUCACCAAAGCGGUUGUUGUUUUGCACAACUUUUUAAUGGCAACAAGAUCUCCGGAAGAUACCCACAGUUACUGUCCACUUAACUACACAGAUCAUGAAUCAGCAGCUGGUCAACAAUCUGGAGAAUGGAGGAGGGGGGAAAACAUAAAUGAAGGGAUUGUCCCUAUACCUCAGACUGGCUCAAACAACUAUUCUAAAUCAGCCAAAAAUGUUCGUGAUGACUUCAAGGAAUAUUUCAAUUCCAAACAGGGAGCAGUCAGCUGGCAAAUGGAUAUGGUUACACGAACUUUAAAUACAUUUGACAAAUAG